AUUUAUAUUUGUGAAUUUACUAGAGAGAUUGUUUAGACAUAAAAAGAAAUGUCUAAAAGAAACUUAAAAGGAUGUCAAAUUGACAAAAAUUCAGAGUUUUCACAAAUAGACAUUCAAUAUUUGAAUGAAUUGAAAGAGAGAAUAAACCUUCAAAUUUUACAAUUAGAAAUUAAUGAGUGUGUUUGUCAGUUGAAAUGUUUUAAUUGGCCUAAUAUUGUAGAAGAAAUUCUUAAUUUCUUUAAUAAAUUUAUUAGAGAAGUUAAAAGGAUUAUUGAAGAAAUUCAUAAUGUAAUAUUUAUCUUUAUUGAGCAGUGUCAAAGAUUUAAAAAUGAAGAAACAAACUUUACUGAAAUAUCAGUAAAACGUAUAAAUUCACUCGAUAAUUUAAUGUCUGAAUUCAUUGAAUCAAUACAAGAGUUUGAUAUCAUCUUACAAGAAUUGGUUGAAGAAUCAGAAAUUUUACAGUAUUCCGACACUCUAAAUUGUAAAACGCUGUUUAUGGAAAAACACACUUUAAUGACUUUAGAUAAUGAUCUAAGAGUAGCUACAAAUAUCCUAUAUAAUGAUCUUCACCAGUUGAUAAAUCAAUUUCUCUUUGUCGUAUCACCAACACCUGAAAUUGUCAAAUAUGAAAAAAGGAAUGUUGUAAAGAGUGAAUUUACUAUACGUUUAAUGUGCAGUGAGGCUUUGAAGUUGACAACUUCUAUAGGAAUUAAGGAAAUAAACAUUAUUCAACAGAUACCACAAAUGAAUACAUCUACCUAUGAACUUCAAAAUAAAUCUCCAAAGAAAGUAAUUUAUCCCAGUGGAAUGGUUAAUUUUGAAUUUGACUUACUCUUACAAAAUACAUCUCAAAAUAAGGAUAGACUCAAAAUAGAUAAGGAUAAUGCAGUUGCAUCAUUCAGAUAUUAUUUAAAUGUUGAUUUGGAGAAAUUCAAAUGGCAUAAUAGGGAAUUUAAUUUGUGUAUUAGCACAAGAGCAUUUGGAAUCAUUUCUCAGACAUCACAAGUUGUUCAGGCUACAGGCAAUAUGAAAUGGUUUAGAUGUUUUGGAGAAGCUACUAGAAAACCUUGGAGUGAAUUCAAGAAUUUAUUGUUGGACUAUUACCAUAGAAAUACUGGAAGGCAUUUAACAUCUGAGCAAAUCAACUAUUUAAGAGACAGAUUCAUGUUAGAGAAUGAUGAUAGUAUUAUCUCUCUUAAUGAUUUUUUACAGAAAAGAUAUUCAGACAGAUCUACAAAAACAAAUUGUAUUAAACUUCAAAAAUCAAAUUUUACACCUUGGUAUUGGUUUGUGGCAUGCAUAAAUUUAUUAAAUAGAAAGGAAGCCAAACAAUAUUGGCAGCAAGGAUUGAUUUAUGGUUUUAUAAGUAAAGAAUAUGCUGAUAGAAUUCUUACAGAUUGUCACCAUGGAACUUUUCUUGUCCGUUUUGCUGAGAGUAGAAUACAACCUACCCAGAAAGCAGCACCAAAUGCAAAUUUUACCUUAGCUGUGAAAUAUGAAAACACAAUCUACCAUCUACAGGAUUAUUUGACUUUUAAUGAUUUGGAAGACAAAAAAUUGGAUUUAUUUCAGACCUUAAAUGAAAUGACAAUUCAUAGUACUGGAAAUAAACUAGUUGCAAAUGGGCAAGUUGUUCUUAGUCCUAUAGAAAAUCAGCCAUUGAAGUUGAAAAUUUUCACAGAGAUCCUAUCUAACAACAACCCGGAAUUAUCUGAAGAUUGUGACUAUAAUGCAGAGGGUAGAAACUAUCAUAUUAUUCUUAAAUCAUCUAACAGGACUCGGAAUAAAUUCAUCGCGGAAUUGAAUGGAAAGAAAGAAGAAUUUGAGCCACUUACACCUGUUGUCAACAACACACCUUUUACCAUUGUUCAGGAUGUGCUUUCGACUUUGUCUCCUGUGCAAAGCCCUCCCAUGCGAAUCUUUAUAGAAAAUGUAUGCAUCUCCAGCAGAAUAACUCAAAUGUAUGUCCCAACUUUUCAAAACAAUCUAGCCAAGCCAACAGCAAAUAAUACUUCUAUCUUUUCAAGAAAUAAUAUGAAUAUCAGUGAUAAAGAUUAA